UUGCACAGUGAAACAGUAAUAAACAUGGCUAAUACCGGUAAAGAUACGGCUUCCUUCUUCGAAAAUGGCACAACAGAGCAAUUUGACUAUUGCUACAAAUUGUAUCCAGAAGUGUUAAAAUUAAAAGCAGAAAAGCGAAAUAAAAAACCUCAGGAAUUAAUUCGACUGGAUGAAUGGUAUCAAAAUGUUUUGCCCAAACUUAUAAAAGAGCGAGGGAAGGAUGCACAUAUGGUUUAUGAUGAAUUAGUCCAGACGAUGAAGUGGAAACAAGCACGUGGAAAAUUUUAUCCUCAGCUGAACUAUUUGGUUAAAGUAAAUACACCUCGAGCUGUUGUACAAGAGACAAAAAAGGCUUUUCGCAAACUGCCUAAUUUAGAGCAGGCUAUUACGGCGUUGUCAAAUUUAAAAGGCGUCGGUACAACUAUGGCUUCGGCAUUAUUAGCUGCUGCAUGUCCCGAUUCUGCCCCAUUUAUGGCAGACGAGUGUCUUAUGGCCAUUCCAGAAAUUGAAGGUAUCGACUAUACAACAAAGGAGUAUCUCAAUUUUGUUCAGCAUAUACAAUCGACUGUCACUCGUCUGAACGCACAGGCUGGUGGUGAUAAGCCAGUUUGGUCACCACAUAGGGUCGAGUUAGCAUUGUGGGCUCAUUAUGUCGCUAAUGAUUUGAGUCCAGAAUUAUUGGACGAAAUGCCCAGUGGAAAAGGCGGAGGAUGUGCAGCUUCGAAAAAAAGCAACGGUAGUUCAGAAAAUGACAAUGUACAAAAUGCUGGAAGUGAAGAUACAAACGAUGCUGACGAAGACAGUGCAGGUCGUGUCGAAUCAACCAAUAUUGCUACUGAAUCUGAAAAUGAAAAUACUAACCCCACACCUCAGGAUGGCGAUUCGAAUUUUGUGUCAAAUGAUUCAUCACAAGAACCUAUUCUUGAUGAGAACACUACACAAACUACAGUAACCACAACUUCGGACGACGGAGAUGAAGCUACCGUUCGUACUCCAUUGGCUUCCGAUUCCGAAAGCAAUAUGGAACCACCAGUGGCAGUCACGACUAUGAAAAACAGUUCGCUACAGCAAAAAGAGGCAGAUAUUAAUAAUCCAACAACAUCAAACGGAAACGGCGCAUUAAUGGUUCCAGCUUCUGCUGCUGGCUUGGAUGGAGAAAAUAGUGAUAGUAACUGUUUGCGUGAUUCCGAAGGCGACGACGAGGAUGCAUCUCCAACAACCAAUCAUCAUACAGGUAAUAAUCCCUACCUCAGAUUAAAUAAGACUGUGUGCCUACUAUUAAUAUAA